GAGAGAGAGAGAGAGAAGGAGAGAGGCGACAAGAAACUCAACCUCCUCCCAGCCCGGGUGAAAGGAAACCCCGGCGAAGGCAAGCUAUGAAGCUGGAGGGAGGCAUACACCUGCAGCAGCAGCUCGAAGAUAAAGGUUACGGAUCGUCACAUCAUCAGCAUCAGCUGCAGCAGACCAGCAUGAGCAUCGAGUUGUGUUUGGUGUGCGGAGAUCGAGCUUCCGGUCGGCAUUAUGGAGCGAUCAGCUGUGAAGGAUGCAAAGGAUUCUUCAAACGUUCGAUCCGGAAGCAGCUCGGCUACCAGUGUCGCGGAUCGAUGAAUUGUGAGGUUACGAAACACCACCGGAACCGUUGUCAGUACUGUCGGUUGCAGAAGUGCCUUGCUUGUGGCAUGCGAAGUGACUCCGUCCAGCAUGAACGGAAGCCAAUACUCGACAAAAAGGAUGGCCAGUCGGGUCCGAACCCAAACAGCAAGUACAACCCACAUCGCAAUAAGGAGUACCAUCACCACCACCACAAUGCGAGCCUAAAGGGUGGCGAACAGAAGGGCGCCGGUGGUAGCGCAUCCUCCGUCUCAUCGGCGGCAGCUGCGGCCUCUUUCCUGAACUAUCUGCCCGGGUUUAGUUUGGCCGACUUCACGGCAAACCUUAGCAAGCGCACGCUGGCGGAUAAAGGAUCGGCCCUUUCGCUGUCAGGACGUGAUCAUCAAACGCAAGCCCAACAAGCGGCAUCCAGUGCAAUUGCUCACCAGUUCUCCACCGGUGUCGGUGGUGUAGGAAGCACAGGAAGCGGUGGUAGUCCCUUCGGAAGUUUGCAAUCGCUUAAAACGGAAGUUCCCGACCGGCAGUCGGGGCCGGAUCUUAGUUCCGUGUCGACUAGUGCGGCAGAUUCGAUCGCUGCCCUUAUUGGGUUGAAUACGACAGCAGCCGUGGCCGCGGUUGCCAUGUCGGGAGCCACGCUGGGUGCUGGGACACCUAGUGCUGCUGCUGCGGCCGCUGCUGCUGCAUCCUUGCUGGGUGCUGAGGAUUGUAGCGGUAGUGUUGGUGGAGAUAUUGGAGGAGGUGGGGGAGAUCGUGGUGGAGGUGCAGGUGGAGGACUUCGUGGAAGCGGCUCGAACAACAGCGUCACCGGAAGUGGUGGUGGGAUACCGUUUUCGUCCCUCGCUAUGGAUACGAGCGAAACGAACUCGCUGGACAAGUCGUUGCUUUGCAGCUCGCUCGAUUUCAUCCAGACGAUGGAGCAGGAGUUAAACAGCAAUCUGAACAACAACUUCGGCAUAAAGUCCGAACUGAACAACGGUAGUGACGAGGCAUGCAUCGAUUACGAUUAUGGUGGCAUCGGACGGGGUGAGAUGGCGCUGACGGAGGGCUGCGUCAACUUCGACAUUCAGGUGCCGAAUGUGCUGCCAAACUAUCUGAGUGUGCAUUACGUGUGUGAGACCGGAUCACGGCUGUUAUUCGCCACGGUGCAUUGGAUGAAGAAGAACCACGCGUUCCAGAUGUUGAGCGAAGGGUUCCAGGGUGACCUGGUGCGACAGGUGUGGCCGGAACUGUUCAUGAUUGGGCUGGCACAGAGCAGCGGCCAACUGUCGUUCAACACGAUCAUGCUGGCAUUGAUUCAGUACAUGAAAACGAUCGUUCUAAACAAAAAGUACAGCGGUGAUGUCAUCUGCUACCUGAAGAAGUACAUUCUUCUCAUACAGGAGUUCGUGAAUGAUCUGCAGAAGAUGAACCUGACCGAUCAGGAGUAUGCCUAUCUGCGACUGCUGUCCAUUUUCAAUCCAGAUAACGUAUUGCAGGACAAGGAGAAGAAUCAACAUCUCGUGAAGCUGCAAGAACUGGUGCUGGCGGAGUUCCGCGAGUACUACCGUGGCCGGCACGCACGUCUGGUGAGCAGUGAGAGUGAAGAAAACCUGCGCGGUGCCACGGAGGAAGAAGAAAACGACGAUGACGACGAUGAAGAUGAUUACUAUGAACGUAACCAGGGCCGUCAUCGCCGACAGCAUCGACGUGGUGGAACGGAAGGUAGCCACAGGCGCGAUCAAACCUCCGAUAGUGAGCAGCGUUUGAUAAAGCUGCUCCUGAAACUCCCAACAUUGCGGGCGCUCAACUCAAAGCGUGACCUGGAGGAUCUAUUCUUUAGCAACCUGAUCGGUCAGGUGCAGAUCGACAGCGUGCUGACGUACGUAAUGCAGACGAACGAUGGAGCGGUGUCGUUUGCAAAUUUAGUGCAGAAGUACGAACCGGCGGGCAGCAAUAACGGCAUCCCAUCCGCGAUGGAUAGUGACGAGUGAGGGAUGGCGUCAACCGACUGAUCGAUGUUCUAACAAUGCUGUUAACAAUCCGUGAGACGAUAGUGAAAUGCGUACGCGUGGCAGCAUAUUUUCCCAAAAGAGCCUUAGGUUAGUCGUAGUACGUUGUAUUUUGUAAACGACGAUUUGUGAACGAUUGUUUAAUGUUUUACCACCUUUUGGCAGCACCGUGUUCGGCUGUCCUUUAUCUUUUUAAAUGCACAAAGCGGGCCACUCAGCGGCGCAGUUGCUUUUUCAUUCUGUUAAUUGCUUCCAUCUACACGUAGCUCAAGUCAGUUUUAGAAAGAGUAGUAUUAUUAGCUUUCCUGUUUCUUGUUAGUAAAAAAAUGUUUAAUCAGUUACGCUUGCACGAAGAUAGCACAAGAUGCAGAAGAUAUUAGCGCGUACUGAAGCUCAUAAAGAAGAAGUUGGGCGCUGCAUAGUACCCCUCGGUAAUAUACGUCCAGAAAAGGCUAUUCGAUAUUUACUACAGUAUCUGCAUAGCAUUUGAUGCAUCGGCGAAUGUGCAUACCGAGGGAUGAAUUAUAUAUAUAUAUUUAGAAACACGUGCGCCUACAAAAACCACCUAACAAAACCUUAUUUUGGCUAGCAAACAUAUCCGUACCUGAGGAAGAUAGUAGUUGUUUAGAAAACGACCCUUUGAUCGUAAGUGGUAUUUAAUGUGGUUGCACAUGAUGGGACGCCAAAGGGAACGCGAAAAAUUAUACAAUUAGUGCAACUAUUCUCACACUACAACAAAUAACACAGCAAGGAUGAUCCGCGCGUAUAUUUGCGGAGGCGGUUUUCAUUGAACAAUGAGCAAUAUUUAGGGAUAAGUUGCACGAUAUUUUUUCCUCGUUCAAAAUAGGCCUGCGAAGGUUCAUGCUCCUGUUGAAAGUAUGACUGGUUAGGAGAUUCGGCAUUACCCGGGAGAUGUUUAUUUAUACACGGAUCAAGAAAAGUAUUGCGAAUAUUUCUUAAUAUGUUAUGGUUUGUGCAAAUAUUGCAAUAUAUUCGCCCUCCGUACACGACAAUACACCUGCGAAGUAGGGAAAAUACUUUGAAUAUUUGUGAGACAACACACAGGGUUAGCCUUA